AUGCAGAGGCACAAGGGGACAAUGGAUUCUUACAGUCAUCCGGAACCUAUCACAUCAUAUAUUGGUUCCUGUGGUGUAAUGGUUAAAGCGCCUGUUUCUGCCCGUGGGGUCCAGAGUUCAAAUCCCGGCGUGGGUGUCUUUUCAGGUUUCUUUAUUCCUGUACAGAACCCUUUAUUCUAUGCAGGCUCGCCGAUGGCAUUUUCUUCAUGCUGCAUUCAAGAGCGACUGCUACUUUGGAGUGCAUUUCAGGGAAAGGUGCCUUUUCUUCGGGCUGCAUUAAUUAGUAACCAAUAUUUCACAUCUGUUAAAGCACCAAAACUUCCUUCGCUAAUCAGCUUCUCAAAUGCUUUCUUUCAAGAAGGUUCAUCUGUGCCAUCUUCUGCAUGCUGCAUUCAAGAGCGACCUCUACUAUCUUUUCGGCAGAAUCGCAGCAAAGCUGCCCUAGCUUGUCAGCUUCUCAAAUGCUUGUUUUUUUAUUAA